GUCCUUCAGAUCUCUACGUACACACUUUCAAACAGGAAACCAUCCUCCUCGUCUGGACUAUCUUGCAGCUUUAUUCUGUCAUUUCAAAAUGCUUUCAAUGUUUAAAUCUAUACCAACCCAUAUGGACUAUAAAGGACAGAAACUCGCUGAGCAGAUUUUCCAAGGAAUCAUCCUGGUGUCAGCGGCGAUCGGCUUCAUCUACGGUUUAAUUGUUCAGCAGUUUGGAUGGACGGUUUACAUAAUGCUGGCUGGAUUCACCGUGUCCUGUUUGCUUACUCUUCCUCCGUGGCCGAUGUACAGAAAAAGCCCUUUGAACUGGCAGCCGGCUUUACCUGAGACGCCUGCAGAAACCCGGGAGAAACCUCAGGAGAACCAGAAGAAGAAGAAGCACAAGUGAUGGGAUUUUACUGCGGAUUCGGCACAGCAACGCAGAAAUACAGCAGAAACAAAGUCUAUAUGAAAACCCUUUCGAUUAUUUUCACCUUCAUACAUGCAAUAUGUAAUAAACAACUGUGUUUGGUA